AUGCCUUCCCUCUGGUCUGUGACCGCCCUGGCGGCGCUCUGCAGCACGACUCUGGCCAGCCCGGUUGCCCGUGCCUCGCUCGAGAAGCGGGAUGCCUUCUCCUUCAACCAGGUCCUGAAGGGCACCUACAAGAAGAACGGCCCGGUCCAGGUCGCCCGCGUCUACAACAAGUACAAGGGCACCGCCCCGGCCGACGUGCAGUCUGCCGCGGCCGCCGCCGUCACCGGCACCGUCGCUGCCACGCCCGAGGACGAGUACGACUCGCUGUACCUCUGCCCGGUCACGGUCGGUGACACGGAGCUCCAGCUCGACUUCGAUACUGGUUCCGCUGAUCUCUGGGUCUUCUCCACCCUGAUGGCCUCCACCGAGCAGACUGGCCACGCCGUCUACGACCCCGACACCUCGGGCACCGAGAAGGACGGCUACUCGUGGGAGAUCUCCUACGGCGACGGCUCCGGCGCUGCUGGUGCCGUCUACGCCGACAAGGUCGUCGUGGGUGGUGUGACUGCCACCUCCCAGGCCGUUGAGGCCGCCACCUCCGUCUCCACCUCCUUCACCCAGGACGUCGACAACGAUGGCCUGCUCGGCCUUGCUUUCUCCUCCAUCAACACCGUCGAGCCGCAAAGCCAGACCACUUUCUUCGACACCGUUGGCGACUCCCUUGCCAAGAAGCUGUUUGCCGUCGCCCUGAAGAAGGGAGAGGCUGGUGCCUACGACUUCGGCGCCAUCGUCGAGAGCCGUUACACCGGCGACAUCGCCUAUGUUGACGUUGAUACCUCCAACGGCUUCUGGGAGUUCAAGCCCGCCGGCUUCGCUGUCGGUGACGGCGAGACUCAGACCAGCGCCUCGAUUGACGCCAUCGCCGACACCGGCACCACUCUUCUCUACCUGCCCGAGGACGUCGUCAGCGCCUACUACGAGGGGGUGCAGGACGCGCAGUACAGCUCCAGCUACGGUGGCUACAUCUUCCCUUGCUCUGCCGACCUGCCUUCCUUCUCCCUCAUCAUCGGCGACGCCAAGCGCACCGUCCCCGGCGACUACGUCAACUACGCGCCCGCCGGCAGCAGCACCUGCUUCGGUGGCAUCCAGAGCGACACCGGCAUUGGUUUCUCCAUCAUUGGCGACAUCUUCCUCAAGAGCCAGUACGUCAUCUUCGACGCCAGCACCGACACCCCUCGCCUGGGCUGGGCUCAGCAGUCGACGACCUCGACUUCGUCGAACACCACCACCACCACCUCUUCCUCCUCCUCGGGCGUCUUCUAA